AAUAACUAUACGUAUUUUAGUGGUUAUUAAACAUGCAUAGAUUGAUUGAGAGACUGAGAGAGCACAUCACUGUGGAGCCAGUUAUAUUGCUCUACAUGAUGGGCAUCUUCAUUUUAAAUCCAUCCUACCAGCAACUUAUCAUCACUAAGGUUUGCAAUGAACAGUAUGCUGGCACAGAAGUUUGCAGAAAUCAAGAAAAUUACAAGGAUGACAAGGAAAUCCAGGAACGUUCUUCCAUCAUCCUGCUAAUCUUCACGGCCACUCUAAGCUUAGUUUCCAUACCACCUGCGAUCUUACUGGGGUCCUGGUCUGACAGAGCUGGCCGCAAGCUUGGCAUGCUUUUGCCAAACGCCUUGUCGCUGAUUGGUGGUGGCAUAUUAAUCACUAUAUCACAGGUGGAAGGAGUGAAUGUCUAUUGGUCACUUGCUGCAAGCUUCGUCGUCGGGCUUUCAGGGGGUCACGUCUCCAUCUUACUGAGUUGCUUCAGCUAUUUAGCUGACAUCUCUGACUCCAACAACCGCACCAUAAGAAUGGGAAUUGCGGAGUCCAUGAUCUUCAUAGGUGGGACCUUUGGGGUUCUCCUCAGUGGCUUCCUUCUCCAGAGCUAUGAUUUUAUAGCAGCCUUUGGGGCUUAUUGUGGCUGUCAGAUCCUGAGUGCACUCUACGUGCUUCUGUGGCUACGCAACGCCAAGCCUCCUAAUAUAAGCGUAUGCUUGCCGGAAGCAUCCUCAGGAGCGGAAUCCAAUAGCGAUGCCCAAGCCAGACAUUCCAUCCUGAUGUAUGCGAAGCGGACCUUCAGGGCAGUGAUGAAAAAGAGGCCGGGCCAAGAAAAACAGAAGCUGUAUUUGCUCAUCCUCUGCCUGUUCCUGAACAACACUAUCGCUAUCGGGGAUCAGGCCAUUCUACUGCUCUUUCUGAUGUAUGAACCUAGAGAUUUCACAACAGAGCUCUAUGGUGUGUUCAACUCCGCAAGAAUGAUUAUAUCAGGCAUUUUUCUCAUAUGCAUAUUCCCAUGGCUCUUACGGUGUAUAGGAGAAAUGACUCUGGCAAAAAUUAGUAUAUUUGUUCGUGGAGCAUCUUAUAUUCUUCUAGCUUUUUCAACAAAUGCAUGGAUGGUGUUUCUAGUGGCGGUGUUGGGAGCUCCGAGUGGAAUCCCUCAGGCCGUGAUUCGCUCCAAGUGCUCCGCUGUUGUUGAACCAGAUGAACAGGGUGCCAUGUUCUCCUUCAGCGCCUCAGUGGAAGCAUCAUGCAUCCUCAUUGGAGCGGUGAUAUUCAAUGGUCUAUAUUCUUUGACGCUGUCAUCUUUUCCGGGGAUGUCAUUCAUCGUUAUGGCGGUGUUUUGCUUCAUCAUGUUAAUCUUCCUACAGUGGGUUACUGAAUUGCCUGCCACUCAUCCCCAUUUCAUUUCCCAGGACUGAACUGCUGCACAUCUUCGCACUUUAUUUUUAACAUGGCUGUGGAACGAAACCUGCUUGUUUGCACAACUCAGAGUGAUGCCAGUUAUUUUUCUGUUAAUUUAAGAUACUUUAUAUCUGCUUGCCACCAUCCUGGGUUGCUCCCUGCCUGGUGCCCCUUCCAGGACAGGCUCUGCCCCCCCCAGGACUCUGCAUUGCACAAGUGGGUGUAGACGAUGGAUGGAUGGAUACUUGAUAUCUAUCAAUGUCCUAUGGCGUUAUCUUUAUUAUGCUCUACAUAGAUACAUUUUAUUGUAAAAUAUGUAAGUAAAUGAUUAUAAAGAAACCAACACUGCUAAUUAAAUUAUCUAAAUAAUCACAUAUUUCUACAGUAAAGUAAUAGGAUUUUUUUUAA